GGGGGCCGCAAACCUCAAAGUAAACAUAAAGAAGAUCUUUCGGGGCCUGAGAAGAAGAAGGUCUCAAUUCUCAAGGUCAUCAAGCACUGCUGGACAAAGCACGGCGAUGAGUCCGAAGCCGAUCUGCCGCCCCGCCUCGCUGAAAUCGAAUCGAAGUAUAUCACAAAUGUUGAGAAGAGGCGGGCAGAAUUAGGCUUGACUCGGGAGGAUGAGAUUGAUUCUGAUGUGGAGGAUGAUGCCAUCUUUGAGGCAGUUGGGGUGUACAAGGGCCGGGUCCCGUGCAUGGGGGCUGAGGGGCAACGGAUCUUGUACGACCG